UAUCCAUCUCUCUUGUUUGCUUUCUUCCUCAUCCAGCAGCAGCGCCCCCAAAACCCUAGAAAAAAAACACAGCUGCAACCAUGCCUCCAAAAAUGGAUCCCACGCAGAUCGUAGAGGUCUACGUUCGUGUAACAGGUGGUGAAGUUGGUGCAGCAAGUUCUCUCGCUCCAAAGAUCGGUCCAUUAGGUCUUUCUCCUAAGAAGAUUGGAGAAGAUAUUGCUAAGGAAACUGCUAAAGACUGGAAGGGUCUUAGGGUUACUGUCAAACUUACAGUUCAAAAUCGUCAAGCUAAGGUUUCUGUCGUUCCUUCAGCCGCGGCUCUGGUUAUCAAAGCUCUUAAAGAACCAGAAAGAGAUCGUAAGAAGGUAAAGAAUAUCAAACACGGUGGUAAUAUUUCACUUGAUGAUGUUAUUGAAAUUGCUAAGAUCAUGAGGCCAAGAUCUAUGGCUAAGGAGUUGACUGGAUCUGUUAAGGAGAUUCUUGGAACAUGUGUUUCUGUUGGAUGUACUGUUGAUGGAAAGAACCCAAAGGAUCUUCAGGACGAGAUUGCUGAUGGUACUGUUGAAAUCCCUCAAGAUUAAAUUUGAGCUUUUAUAUUACCAACCAGUUCUUAUUUUACUGCUAUUUUGCUCGUCUUCUUUCUUAAUUAGAGAUUUUUGUUUAAUGUAAUUUCGUUUUGAGGUUAAAACUGCAGUAGCAAUGCUUGUUGAGAACAUAUUCUUGGAUGAAAAUCUAAGGUUUAAUGAUUUGGAUCGAUGGUUUAUAUCAUUAUCUUGCUAUUGCC